AUGAGAGCAUCACAGCAGGCCGUCAGCGCCCUCACAGGGGCCGUACGAGAGUUCGCCGCUCGACCAUCGCUAGCGGCAGCUUCGCUCACUCGGCCAUCCUCCUCCCGGCUCGCCGUGGCACAACCAUCCAUCGGACGGCUGCUCUCCAGCACCUCUGCAACAUUCGCAGCCCCGCCCACCAAAACUUCCUCUUCUUCCUCCUCGUCCGAACCACCCAAACCCACCGGUCCGAUCCGGGACGACGCCAUCCUCGCUCUCUCUCAAUACGUCCGCCUCGUCGACCCCAACACCGGUUCUCUCGCAGGCCCCUUCCCCACCUCUGCCAUCCUCACCAAACUCGACCGAUCCAAAUUCUUCCUCCAGCAAGUUGCUCCUGCCCAACCGCACCGCUCUACCACCCCUUACGACCCCUCCGCCCCACCCUCUGCUGUGGACGUCACCAGGCUCGUCCAAUUCCCCAUCUGCCGCCUGAUCGACAAAAAGGAGGAAUUUGAUCGCAUGCGCAAUGCCAAACGCGCCUCCUCCUCCUCCACACCCUCCUACGCAUCCACCAGCGGAGGUGGAAGUAAAGAGGUCCAGCUCACAUGGAGUGUUUCGCCCAACGAUCUUGCGCAUAAACUGUCCAAAGCGAGAAAGGAGAUGAUCCGGGGUGCGAGGAUCAACCUUGUUGUAACGACCGAGUCCGGCGGUCGAAAGUAUGUCAAGGGUCUCAACGCCAAGGAGGACGAGCGGAGGGAGGCAUUGCUGAAGGAGAUUGAGGAGUUCCUGUGCAAGCCAGCGGAGGAGUCGACCGGGGAGGGCGAAGAGAAAGCAGGACCAAUAGCGAGACGAUUGCAGGACGUGGAAUGGCAGCGUGGUGGCAGCGCAGCAGUCAUGUCUUUCGAAUGCUUCAGAAACAAGUAG